CGCGGACGCUUCACUCGACGUCGGUCUUUCACAAAACACGUAUCACAGGUAAACCAUGAGAGACUUGAAACUGAAAUAUCGGUAGAACAGAGACAAUGUAGGUUUCUUUGUCACUUCGUGUUUAGGAAACUUCUCGGUGUUUACUGUUCGGUGUUAUAGACGAUGAUGAGGAGUGAGAGACUUACGACGCAAAGUUGAGAAAAAGUUUGAUUGAGAGAGUUCGACGGGAUUUUAAGACUGUUGCUUCCAGAAGGUCGUUCGAUGGACCGUUACUAACCAUGUCAAAGAGAUGAAACAGGGCAGGUGAGGCGAUAUGGACAACUCCACGGAGCCUUCCUCCCUCAUUACCGCCGAAACAAACAGGACCACGCCGGUUUUUACCAUCGGACCCGAAUUCAUCGCACAAUGGAAACUUCAGAAACAACGAGAGAAAAUCUGCAAAACUGUCUACAGCGGAAUUCUUUCGUUCGGCGAAUGCACGCAAGCACUCAAUUCCACCACCGUUUUCAAGACGUGGGAUCCGCUCAACAUCCUGGGGAACGACUCCAACAUCGACUUUCUCGAAGCUAAUGCCACCAAGAACGGAUCCAGCGACUUUGCUCCCAGUGUAACGCCUCACUUGCCGCCCUUCGAGCUCUGGCAAACCAUCCUCAUUGCGAUCUGUUUAGGACUGUGCAUUAUUCUGACGGUUGCCGGGAAUAUACUGGUCCUGCUGGCCUUCAUCGUCGACAGGAACAUCAGGCAGCCCAGCAACUACUUCAUAGCGUCGCUUGCCGCCACCGAUAUGCUCAUAGGCACCGUUUCCAUGCCCUUUUACACCGUCUACGUGCUGAUGGGUUCCUGGGACUUGGGACCCCUUCUGUGCGACUUGUGGCUGUCCGUUGAUUACACAGUUUGUUUGGUUUCCCAGUACACUGUACUUCUCAUAACAAUCGACCGUUUUUGUUCGGUGAAAAUCGCAGCAAAGUACCGAAGUUGGCGGACGAAACCACGAGUGGUUUGGAUGGUUACCAUCACGUGGAUCAUACCGGCACUUUUGUUUUUUAUUAGUAUAUUUGGUUGGGAGCACUUUAUCGGUUAUAGAGAUUUGGAGCCGGGACAAUGUGCCGUACAAUUCCUCAAAGACCCCAUUUUCAACACUGCUCUUAUCAUAGGUUAUUACUGGACGACUUUGAUUGUUCUUUUUAUUUUGUACGGAGGGAUUUAUAAAACUGCCUACGAUAUGCAGAAGAAAAGUGAAGCGAAACAGAGGAAGAUGCAGUCUAUGGUGGCGUUAAGUGCAGGAGCGAUGUCAGGAAUGGCAGGACGAGCAGCAGGAAUUGGUCUGUCGAAGACUCAGAGUACUUUACUGAGCCAGGAUAAGCCACAGACAAUCGCCGCAGUUGUGAAUAACCAAUCGGGAAUUACAGGAAAUAAUUUGACUUUGAAGGAGGAUUCUAGUCAGAAAACUAGUUCUAGUAAAAGUAGCACGACAGUGACCACGACGACGACAACAGCCGAUACGAACAACGUGGAGAGGAAAAACUUGUGUCUUCCUACAGGUCAAACGUCUAGCGGUGACCAAGACAAGUCUGAGAGGUCGAGCAGCCCGGCAUUCGAAUCGGACGAGGACAGUUCAGCCCAACACCAAACCAAGAAGCGCUCUUCCAUAGUAGGGAUAGUGGUACAGAGCAGCGCCCCCCUCCACAUGUUCGAGAACAACAAUCGCGUGAACGGCGGCAUCCCCUCCAGCCAACCAGAGAAGCGCUCGCCCACUCUGCCUCAGAUCUCCGAGCAGAGCUCGGCCAAUCCGCAAAAGCCGGUAGGUUGCUCCGCCCCUCUUCAGCCCUCCCCUUCGCCAAAAUCGACUCACAGCAUCAUUCCGCCCCCCGAGCAGUUCCAGAGUAGCCCCCCCGGACGCCCCCGCAACUUGCAUGUGACCCCUUACGACGCCCUCGUCGGCCUAGACGGCGCCGACUUGCGGUACAUGGACGAGAGCUCGGUCGUUGUCCCCUCCCCUUCGUGCGAAAGCCCCCCCUCGACGCCCCCUCCCACUAACGCGUCUUUGCUCCAGACGACGCUGAUCCGCACGACUAGGAAAGUCAACACGGAGGUGACUCUGAGCUCUGACCGGCCUAUCACCAGUGUUUGCGAGCUGUCGGUUGAUGGCGCGAGGGACUCCGACCCCAGCACCCCCUGCGGCCUCUCCGCCAUCAGCCAGACAGGUAAUGCGGCCGCCAUCAUGGCGGCGACGACCAUUGUCGAAGUCAGCAGAAAUAAAACUUUUACUAAAACAGACACGGACGAUAACGGCGCCGCCAAGAGGGAUUUCGUCAAAAACAUCGGCAAGAAGCUAAAGGGGAAGAAGAAGAAGGCGGUGGUACCGUUCGGGGGGUUCGGGAGGCAGAAGUCCAAGUCGGAGAACAGGGCCAGGAAAGCCCUCAGAACCAUCUCAUUCAUUUUGGGAGCUUUCGUCAUCUGCUGGACCCCAUACCAUAUUUUUGCUCUCGUCGUGGGAUUCUGCUCGGACCCACCGUGCGUCAACGGACACGUUUACAUGUUCUCCUAUUUCCUUUGCUACGCCAACAGCCCCCUUAAUCCCUUCUGUUACGCUCUUGCCAACCAACAGUUCAAAAAGACUUUUACUAGAAUUUUAAAAGGUGAUCUACAUUUGACGUAAACGGCGAUAAUUUCGUAGUACCACCUCCUGACUAGGAACUAUUUUCUUUUAAACAUUACUUACUGUACUUAAUACUCGUGCAUAGCAUUCGUUCAGGUCAAUAAUUACCAAAAGACAAUAAUAUAUUUAUAGGAAUCCUAAAUUAGCUCAUUAGAGGUACCACGCUGGUUUUACGCGGGACCCAAGCUUCACUAAAUUAUUUUAAUAUUUUGUAAAUACACGCCUUUAGCUACAAAAUGUACUUUAGUGCGCAAAUACAUGUAAUAAUUAAUUGACAGUUCGGAAAAUGUGGUACUGUAUAUAUCUGUAAAGUUAAGUGUAUAAGAAACCCGAUUAUUUAUAAG